UUUCUUAUCCAAUAAACUACUAAGCUCAUAUUAUUAAGUGAAGUGGUUCUACACAACUACAUUACAUGUAUUGCUCCAAAUCUUGUGUUUGUUUAUUAGUUGAAUCGAUCGAGCAUAUUCGUCUAAAUAAAAAUGGACGAGUUGCCUAAGGAGAAGACGUUGGAGGCGACGCCGACGUGGGCGGUGGCCGUCGUUUGCUUCGUGUUGGUUGCAAUCUCCAUCCUCAUUGAACAAAUCAUUCAUCAUACUGAGUCGUGGUUAAAGAAACGAAGAAAGGCACCUCUACGUGAAUCACUUGAGAAAGUUAAAGCAGAGCUUAUGCUGCUAGGGUUCAUAUCAUUGCUGCUGACAGUAUUGCAAGAACCUCUUUCUAAUAUUUGUGUUCCAAAAAAAGUUGGACAUUCUUGGCAUCCUUGCCAGUACACGGACAGUGGCAAAUAUUAUGAUCCAUGUAUAAAAAAGGGGAAAAUUCAGCUCGUAUCAGCUUAUGGGAUACACCAACUCCAUAUCUUCAUCUUUGUAUUGGCAAUUUGCCACAUAAUUUAUUGUAUUGUCACUUAUGGCCUGGGAAAACUUAAGAUGAGGAAAUGGAAAUCAUGGGAGGAUGAGACAAAGACGGAUGAGUACCAGUACUACAAUGAUCCAGAAAGAUUCAGAUUAGCUAGGGAAACAUCGUUUGGGCGUAGACAUUUGAAUUUCUGGAGCCGUUGGUCUCUUCUUCUCUGGAUUGUGUGUUUCUUCCGGCAAUUCCUCACAUCCGUCGCUAAAGUUGAUUACUUCACACUUAGACAUGGUUUUAUAACAGAACAUCUAACGCCUCAAAGCCAAGCGUCAUUCGAUUUCCAGAAAUAUAUAAACAGAUCACUUGAAAAAGAUUUCAAUGUCAUUGUGGGAAUAAGCCCGGUAAUAUGGUUUUGUGCCGUUCUAUUCCUACUCACCAACACCAAUGGGUGGUAUUCGUACUACUGGCUACCGUUUAUCCCUUUAAUCAUAAUACUAUUGGUGGGAGCAAAAUUGCAAGUGAUCAUCACAAAAAUGGGAAUGAGAGUUCUAGACAGAGGAGAUGUGAUCAAAGGCAGCCCUGUUGUUCAUCCCAGCGACGACCUUUUCUGGUUUGGUCGCCCCCGUUUCAUGCUUUUCCUCAUCCAUUUUGUUCUUUUUUUGAAUGCGUUUCAAAUUGCUUUCUUUGCUUGGAGUUGGUAUGAGUUCGGGUACCCGUCGUGCUACCAUGAAAAUAUUGAAGAUAUAAUCAUACGAAUUGCAAUGGGUGUCAUAAUUCAGUUUCUAUGCAGCUACGUCACUCUCCCUCUCUACGCCUUGGUCAAUCAGAUGGGAUCGAAAAUGAGGCCAGUGAUAUUCAGCGAUCACGUAGCGUCGGCGCUGCGCGGAUGGCAUCGGACAGCGAAGGAGCACGUGAAGCACGGGCGGCCGUCGGGCAGCAGCACACCGUUCUCGAGUAGGGCGGCGUCCCCGUUGCACGGUAGCACGUCGCCGCUGUAUCUGCUUCAGGGCUACAAAAGAUCUUAUGAGGAAGGAUCUCCGGCUAGGGCAGCAAACUUGAGCAAUGAGGAGUCGGACCACGGCAUCCCUCACGAUGUCGAUGAUUUUAAUUAUGGAAAAUAUCCAUUUUCGGAAACUUCAGUUAUUGAGAUAGAGAAUGAUAUUGAAAAUCCCCCUUCUCCAAGUGGAAGAAGCAGCACAACCAAACAUCAAAUCCAUAGCAGUUUGAAUGAUUUCUCUUUUCGAAACAAGGAGAAUGAAAGCUGAUUUUUUCCUUUAUUGUUUUUACUAGUGAAUAAAUUGCCUUUUCUUUCGUAUGUUUUUUUUUAUUACACACGUACUUUGUAUGGUUCAAAUGGAUCAUCCAGAUGUAUAUGAAUCAUUUUUCACCCUUAGAUAAUGAUUAUGUACUAUAUAUUAAUCAUUUUUUGAAUUCAUAAUUUUUUUUUACCACA